AGAGAGUCACCUGCAGGGAUCGCAUCCGUCUCAGUUGGGGGGGAAAAACUCUGCUGAGCGAGAGAGGGGAGGAAAAGAAGGACAAGAAGAAGAGCUUGCAUCGUUUUUUUUUUGUUGCGGAUUUAUUUCGAUAAAGUGAUUUUUUAAUUUAUUUUUUUAGAGAUGCAGAGUUGCGCCAAGUCGUGGGGGAUCUUCCUAGCCAAGUCGGUGAGUCCCGGCGCACCAUGCAGGCAUCUGAGUGACAAGAGCCGCGUGGUUUGGAAACUUCAGCAGUGCAGGAUCCGAAACAGCGGUGCAUCUGCAUCCCUGUCCCCAGCAGCAGCAGCAGCAGUCCGGGGUCUCCGGACGUCUGCAGCCGCCUCCUCCUCCUCUUCCAGACAGAUCGAGAGGAUACUGCCCCGGCACGAUGACUUCGCGGAGAGGCACAUCGGUCCAGGUGAGAGGGAGAAGAGAGAAAUGCUGGAUGUGCUGGGACUCGAGUCGAUCGACCAGUUGAUCGAAGACACAGUGCCAUCAUCCAUCCGUAUGCAGCGGAGUAUGAAAAUGGAUGAUCCAGUGUGUGAGAAUGAGGUGCUGGAGACUCUGCAGAAGAUCGCUUCAGAGAACAAAGUAUGGCGGUCCUAUAUCGGCAUGGGCUACUACAGCUGUUCUGUACCACCGCCCAUCCAACGUAAUCUCCUGGAGAAUGCAGGCUGGGUGACUCAGUACACCCCCUACCAGCCAGAGGUCUCUCAGGGUCGCUUGGAGUCUCUCCUCAACUACCAGACCAUGAUCUGUGACAUCACUGGCCUGCCUGUGGCCAACGCCUCCCUGCUGGACGAGGGGACGGCUGCUGCUGAGGCCAUGCAGCUCUGCCACAGACAGAACAAAAGAAGAACCUUCUACAUUGACCCACGUUGCCACCCUCAGACCAUUGCUGUGGUGCAGACCAGAGCCAACUAUAUCGGGGUAAAGACAUUGCUGAAGCUGCCUCAUGAGAUGGACUUCAGCGGGAAGGACGUGAGCGGUGUGCUCUUCCAGUAUCCAGACACUGAUGGCAGGGUGAAAGACUUUACCGCCCUUGUAGACCGCGCACAUAAGGGAGGGGCCCUGGCUUGCUGUGCCACAGAUCUGUUGGCUCUCUGUGUGAUGCGCCCCCCUGGAGAAUUUGGGGUUGAUAUUGCGUUGGGAAGUUCCCAAAGGUUUGGGGUUCCUCUCUGCUAUGGCGGUCCCCACGCUGCCUUUUUUGCUGUCAAAGACAACCUGGUCCGAAUGAUGCCUGGCAGAAUGGUUGGAGUCACCAGGGACGCAGCUGGUAAGGAAGUAUAUCGGCUUGCACUGCAGACCAGAGAGCAGCACAUCCGCAGAGACAAAGCAACCAGCAACAUCUGCACUGCUCAGGCUCUGCUUGCAAACAUGGCUGCUAUGUACGCUCUGUAUCACGGCCCCCAAGGUCUCAAACACAUCGCUGAGAGGACGCACAAUGCUGCUCUGAUCCUCGCUGAAGGUCUGAAGAGAGCAGGACACAGACUGCACAGCGAAAUGUUCUUCGACACUCUGAAAAUCAACUGCAGUGUGGCGGCCAAAGACAUCCUGGAGAGAGCUGUGCAGAGGCAGAUAAACCUGAGAGUCUACACUGAGGGAGUGCUAGGUAUCUCUCUGGAUGAGACUGUGACUGAAAGGGACUUAGAUGAUUUGCUGUGGGUCUUUGGAUGUGAAUCCUCAGCUGAGCUGAUCGCUGAAAAGAUGGGCGAGCGGGUGAAAGGGAUCAUGGGAAGUCCAUUCAAGAGGACCACCAAGUACCUCACACACCAGGUCUUCAACAGCUACCACUCUGAGACCAACAUUGUGCGAUACAUGAAGCGUCUGGAGAACAAGGACAUCUCCCUGGUGCACAGCAUGAUUCCACUGGGCUCCUGCACCAUGAAGCUAAAUAGUUCUUCAGAGCUCAUGCCCAUCACCUGGAGGGAGUUUGCUAACAUCCACCCGUUCGUGCCCCUGGAUCAGGCGGAGGGCUACCAGAAGCUCUUCAGACAGCUGGAGAAGGAUCUAUGUGAGGUGACGGGCUAUGACAAGAUCUCCUUCCAGCCAAACAGUGGCGCUCAGGGAGAAUACGCUGGCCUGGCAGCCAUUAAAGCCUACCUGAACUCAAAGGGAGAGAACGCCAGGAGUGUCUGUUUGAUCCCCAAGUCGGCCCACGGCACCAACCCAGCCAGCGCUCAGAUGGCCGGCAUGAAGGUGCAGGUGGUGGAGGUGGACAAAGAUGGCAACAUUGACAUGGCACACCUCAAGGCCCUGGUGGACAAACAUAAGGCGAAUCUUGCAGCCAUGAUGAUCACCUACCCCUCCACCUUUGGCGUGUUUGAGGAGCAAAUCAGAGAUGUGUGCCAACUUAUUCACGAGAAUGGCGGCCAGGUGUACCUGGACGGUGCCAAUAUGAACGCUCAGGUGGGUUUGUGUCGUCCUGGGGAUUACGGCUCUGACGUGUCUCAUCUCAACCUGCACAAGACAUUCUGUAUCCCUCAUGGUGGAGGAGGACCCGGCAUGGGACCGAUCGGAGUGAAAGCCCACCUUGCGCCCUUCCUGCCAAGCCACCCGGUGGUUGCCAUGCAGUCCAACACCAGCAGCUCACUCGGCACCAUCAGCGCCGCCCCCUGGGGCUCCAGUGCCAUCCUGCCAAUCUCCUGGGCUUACAUCAAGAUGAUGGGAUCGAAGGGACUGUAUCACGCUACAGAGGUGGCCAUCCUCAAUGCUAACUACAUGGCCAAGAGGCUGGAAGAUCACUACAAGGUCCUCUUCAGGGGCAGGAAAGGUUUUGUUGCCCACGAGUUCAUUCUGGACGUGAGGCCAUUCAAGAAGACGGCAAAUAUUGAGGCUGUGGAUGUGGCCAAGAGGCUGCAAGAUUACGGUUUCCACGCACCCACGAUGUCGUGGCCCGUGGCUGGAACACUUAUGAUUGAGCCCACAGAGUCAGAGGAUAAAGCUGAGAUGGACCGAUUCUGCGACGCCCUACUUGGUAUCCGACAGGAGAUCGCAGACAUCGAGGCAGGACGGAUGGACUCCCGCGUUAACCCGCUGAAGAUGGCCCCUCACUCUCUGGCCUGCAUCUCCUCGUCCACCUGGGACAGACCCUACUCCAGAGAGCAUGCAGCUUUCCCCCUGCCCUUCAUCAGGCCUGAGACCAAAUUCUGGCCGACCAUCUCCAGGAUUGAUGACAUCUAUGGAGACCAGCACCUCGUGUGCACCUGCCCGCCCAUGGAGGUCUACGAGUCUCCGUAUGAGGAGAGAGCCUCCUCAUAGACGCUCUCUGUGGCCCAGUCCCAAUGUCCGGCCUAAGCUUUAAGCGGCGAACCCUCACUGACUUUAAAAAACACCCGUCUGGCUCAAAGAAAAUGUUAACUCUGCUGUGAAAUCACGUUAGCUUGAGCAGAAGAAUUUCUGUUGCGAGUAAAGUUUAAGUUUUUCAGAUGCACUCUAAUAAAAUCCAGUGAUUGUUUCUCACUUUCCUGAUAUGAUAGCAAUUUCAGAUUUCCUUGGUCAUCCAUGUUUUAACGCUAGUGCCCUGUGAACUGUGGUUAAUCUCCUGAAGCACUGCUGAAAGUGUGUCUAAACUUAAAAGGAUCUUCAAGCACUUGCUGAUUUCACAGGACAGCCCUGAUCGAGCCCUCGCUGCCUCAUAUAAACAGAUGAGUCUUUGAGGUGGACAUUGGGAACGUGCCUCUGUUUGAUCAAACCCUUUUCUCCAGGGUUUUUUUUCCUACUCGAACUCUUCCAAUGGACCAAAGGUGCAACUUUUGCUUUUCCAAUGUCGCAAAAUAAGUGCACCCUUCGACACCAAGGCUGCUCCGUAACACAACUCUGAAACACUGUAUUUUGAGCUGAGCACAGCUUUUUUUUUUUUUGACUUCCAACAUCUAUAAAAAAAUACCCUUGGUGCCUCUAUUCUGUUUUGUAUAAUAGCUGCCAUUUGUUUCUCGAAUACCUGACAAACAUAGCAGUUAGUCUUCUAGUAGGCUUUUGUUAAUAUGCAUCCAUUGUAUGAAAAUGUUUUAAUGUGUUGUGACAUUUGUUGACUACAUAGAUAAGUCUUAAUGUUAAUUUUAAAUGAAAUAUUUUCUAAUCUAAAAAUGUUGUCUGUAGAAAAAAAAAUGUAUUAAACAUUUGU